AUGUCAGUAGCAACAUUAACCAGAGCCUCUAAUGAAAUUUCUGAAAUAAACGACAAUGAACCUGCUAUCUGUAAAUUGGAGAAAAAACAAUCAAAAACACGUUUAUCUAAAGUUGAUAAAAGUUUUAACAAGAUUAAACAAGAUGAAAAAAAGGACAUAAAGGUUGAAAAUGCUAUUAAGCAAGAUGAUGAUGAACAAAAAGGCAUAAAGGUUGAAAAUGCUAUUAAGCAAGAUGAUGAUGAACAAAAAGGCAUAAAGGUUGAAAAUGCUAUUAAGCAAGAUGAUGAACCAAAAGACAUAAAGAUUGAAAAAGCUAUUAAACAAGAUGAUAAAAAAAAAUACAUAAAGAUCGAAAAGACUAUUAAACAAGAAGACGAAAAGAAAGGCGGUAAAAUUGAAGAUCCAAAACCUGCAAACAGUGACUAUUCAACAUUAACUAAGCAAGAACUUUUGAAAUUGCACAAAAAAUUGAUUGAAAUUAAUAAGAAAUUGGAACAACAAAAUAUUGAGUACGAAAAAUUAUUCUACCAGCAAGAAGAGAAAAUCAAAACUUUGCAAAAAGAAAUAAAAGAGCAGAAUAAAUUAAUUGAAGAGAAUUCUUUAAUGAAAUUACAUAUUAACAAUUUAAACAAAGAAUUAGCAGGAAUGGAAAACAUUGAAAAGCAGUAUGAUCUUAUCGAAGAUGUCAAAUGUUCUUAUUUUCAUAGUUGGUUUUCCUACGUGCCUUUAGCUUCUAUUAGUUCAAAGAUUAAAUCAUCACCAACUUUAUCAGAAAAUGAAGACACGCAUCAAAAGCAUUUUAUAGAGCAAUUUAAUUCAAUUUAUUCUAGAUUAACAACCUCUAAAAACUCGAAAUAUUCAACCCAUAAUACUAGUUAUUCACCCUAUUUGGAUGGUUUAAAACCUGAUGUUUCUGUGACUGAACGUGAUUCUAAACCUACAUCUUCAAACGUGAUUAUUAUUGGAGAACUUAAACGUGUUAGAUUAACUAAAUCGCAUUAUGAACAAGUAUUUAAUUAUGGAAUUAAAAUUCUUCAAAACCAACUUCCAAGAAAAACAAUUUUUGCUUUUUUAACAAACCAUCAGCAAAUCAUAUUUUUUAAAAUUCAAAGAAAAAAUUCCAAAUUUUCGUGUGAACAUUCUUUAAUUUAUAAUUUUAACUAUGAGAAUAUCGGAUGGAGAAUGUUGAUGACUUUGGUUCAAAAAGAUAAAAAAGAACUUGGAUAUAUUUCAGUAUGCUGA